GUAUUCAUUUAAUCAUUUUAGCCAACUAGAUCUAACAGUAUAUACAAAUUCAAUCAAGUGUGAAUUUCACAAUUAGCUGACACAAUAGUACUUUUAGCUCAACUUUUUUAAAAAUAAAUUGUCUAACGCACAGACCUUCUCAGUUCUCAGUACUUAAUUAGCAGCAAGUUCGACAAGUCAAAGAAAACUUUUGAACUCUUUUAUUCAAACAUGGAUUCCUUCUAAAAUCAUUCUCAGUAGAUAUUAUUUGCAAAGCUUUUUCUAAAAUUCCAUUACCCACUUUCGAACUCUUUCAUUCAAACAUGAGCUACGGGGAACUCUCAGUUCUGCUCUUAAUUGUCUUUCUUUGUCGAAUUGCUUUUUCUUCAUCUCUGUGCCCCAAAGAUGAAAGCAUUUCCCUUCUAAAAUUCAAGAAUUUGCUUACUGUAGGUCUCCCAAAUGAUAUUUGCCUUUCCUCUUAUACAAAGACUAGUUCAUGGAAUAUGAGCAGAGAUUGCUGCUUUUGGGAUGGAGUCAAAUGUAAUGAGAUGACCAGCCAUAUUAUUGAGCUUGACCUCAGUUGCAACCAACUUAUUGGGGUGAUUGAUUCCAAUAGCAGCCUAUUCCAACUCUCUCAUCUCCAAAGGAUCGACCUUUUUGGGAAUAACUUCUCUGGUUCUGACAUCCCGCAUAAAUUUGGCAGGUUUUCAAUCUUGAUGUAUCUUGAUCUUUCCGCCUCCUAUUUCUCAGGUCAAAUUCCUUCUGAAAUCUCUCGUCUUUCCAAGUUACAAUCUCUUCAUCUCGCAAGUGAUUUUGAGGGUUAGCUGAGACUCACAACUCAUGAUUUUAAGAUGCUCAUUUAGAAUUUGACCCAAUUAAGAGAACUUGGUCUUACUUUAGUAAACAUCUCUUCGACCGUUCCUCCUAAUUUUCCUUCUCACUUAACA